GGUGCUCGUGGACAGGGUGGCGACAUGCGGCAGUCGGGGCGGUCCCGGUACCAGAAGUGCGCGCGCGCCCAAGCUCAACAACGGAACCUCGAGGCCUAUGCCGCGCAGCCGCAUUCGUUCGUGUUCGCUCGCGGCCGCGCGGGUCGCGGCGUCCGGCAGCUCAGCCUGGACCUACGGCGGGUCAUGGAGCCGCUCACCGCCACCCGUCUGCAGAUACGAAAGAAAAAUUCUCUGAAGGAUUGUGUGGCAGUGGCUGGGCCCCUUGGGGUCACACAUUUCCUGAUAUUGAGCAAAACGGAGACUAAUAUCUACUUUAAACUGAUGCGUCUUCCAGGAGGCCCCACUCUGACCUUCCAGAUCAACAAGUACGCACUGAUUCGUGACGUGGUCUCCUCGCUGCGCCGCCACCGCAUGCACGAGCAGCAGUUCACCCACCCUCCCCUCCUGGUGCUCAACAGCUUCGGCCCCCAUGGCAUGCACGUGAAGCUAAUGGCCACUAUGUUCCAGAACCUGUUCCCCUCCAUCAAUGUACACAAGGUGAAUCUGAAUACCAUCAAGCGCUGCCUUCUCAUCAAUUACAACCCUGACUCCCAGGAUCUGGAUUUCCGCCACUAUAGCAUCAAAGUCGUUCCUGUGGGUGCAAGCCGUGGGAUGAAGAAGCUUCUCCAAGAGAAGUUCCCCAACAUGAGCCGCCUGCAGGAUAUCAGUGAGCUGCUGGCCACGGGCGCGGGGCUGUCAGAGAGUGAGGCAGAACCUGAUGGUGAGCACAACAUUACGGAGCUGCCCCAGGCUAUCGCGGGGCGUGGCAACAUGCGGGCCCAGCAGAGCGCUGUAAGGCUUACUGAGAUCGGGCCUCGGAUGACGCUGCAGCUUGUCAAGAUCCAGGAGGGCCUUGGAGAGGGGAAUGUGCUUUUCCAUAGUUUCGUGCACAAGACAGAGGAGGAACUACAGGCCAUACUGGCAGCCAAGGAGGAGAAGCUGCGGCUCAAGGCCCAAAGGCAGGACCAGCAGGCGCAGAAUGUCCAGCGUAAGCAGGAACGGCGAGAGGCCCACAGGAAGAAGAGCCUGGCGGGCAUGAAGCGGGCACGGGCAGAGGCUGAUGGGGAUAGUGAUGCUGAGGACCCUGGGGCGCCCCCAGAGGCAGAAGGGGCCGGCCAGCAGGAGGAGGAGGAUGAAGCGGAGUAUUUCCGCCAGGCAGUGGGCGAAGAGCCUGAUGAAGACCUGUUCCCAAAGGCCCAGCGGAGACGGCCCCCCGGGCCUCCAAGCAAGAAGCGGCGGAGGUGGCAGUGGCGGGAGGAUGGUGCCCCACCCUGCCCAGCCAACAUUACCGCAGCUGUUGACCAAGUCCUCAGUAGCUUCCAGGAAAGCUUUCUGUGGCCUAUGCUGGUGACUGAGUUCCUGGUGGCUGUGGCUGGCAACAGCCUGGCCCUCUACCGCUUCAGCACACGGGAGCAGCGCCCAUGGUCCCCAGCUGUGGUCUUCUCCGCCCAGCUGGCUGUCAGUGACCUGCUCUAUGCCCUGACACUGCCCCCGCUGGUGGCCUAUUUCUACCCACCCAAACACUGGCGCUACGGGGAGGCUGCGUGCCGCCUGGAGCGCUUCCUCUUCACCUGCAACCUGCUGGGCAGCAUCGUCUUUAUCACCUGCAUCAGCCUCAAUCGUUACCUGGGUGUCGUCCAUCCCUUCUUUGCCCGCUCUCGCCUGCAGCCCAAGCACGCCUGGGUCAUUAGUGCCACCGGCUGGGUGCUGGUGGCCCUGCUGGCUGCACCCACGUUCAGCUUUUCCCGCCUGAUGACACCACAAAAGGAAGGUAACUGCACCGUGACCAGGCAGGAGGCCUGCAUCAAGUGCCUGGGGACUACAGGUGACAACCAGCUGGAGGCCUACACAGUCUACAGCCUGGUGCUGGGGGUACUGGGCUGCGGCCUACCACUGCUGCUCACCCUAGCAGCCUAUGGCGCCCUUGGACGAGCUGUGCUACGGAGCCAUGGCAUGACAGCUGCCGAGAAGCAGCACGUGGCAGUGCUGGUGGCCAGUGGGGUGGCGCUCUACGCUAGCUCCUAUGUGCCCUAUUACAUCACACGGGUAAUCAACAUUUUCGCUCGGCAGCGCUGGAGAGCCCGCUGUUCAACCUUUGUAGACACCGCUCAGGCUGUGGAGGCAUUAGACCUGGGGUCCUAUGUGGGCCACCAGGUGGCACGGGGUCUCGUGCCUCUGGCCAUCUGCAUCCACCCACUGCUCUACAUGGCUGUAGUACCCAGUGUGGGCUGCUGUCUUGGCUGCAGGGAGGGCCAGGCCCCAGAGAAUGCUGAGAGCUUCAGCCAAGGCCUGCCCCUCAACGUCACAGCCACUAAAACCUCAGGGCCCCGGUAUCCUGAGCUGAGCACAUGACCUGGCCUACCUUAAGCCUCCGACCACUGGGCACUGUGACCCAGCAGCAGAAUGGGACCGAGAACACAGCAGGCCCCAAACCACCUCCCCAAAGGAAGGCCUAUGCAACGGGAGCAGUGAGCACCCAGGCCAGAGACCAAGGACUUCUCCCCACAGCACCAACCUCGAGCAGGGCUGCAGAGCAAACCCAUACAGGGGGAGGGCUGACCCCACCUGCCACAAAGUGGGUCACAUUCACAUAUAAACGAUGCACAAGGGGUGAUUAAAGCCUUUUUAUUGUC